AUGCCUGUCCACUACUUGAUUCUGCUCUCCCGGCAGGGGAAAGUGCGUCUCGCCAAAUGGUUCACCACCCUCUCCCCCAAGGAGAAGGCCAAGAUCAUCAAGGAUGUAACUCAGCUGGUGCUAUCCCGUCGGACGCGGAUGUGCAAUUUCCUCGAAUACAAAGGUGGCUAUUUCCCCCGCACGAACCCCCUUUCGCCAACUAGACCUCGGACUGACAGAUCUCUGUUCCUUCUAGACUCCAAAGUUGUCUACCGUCGAUACGCUUCCCUCUUUUUCAUCGCUGGCUGUGCCUCGACCGAUAAUGAAUUGAUCACCCUCGAGAUUGUGCACCGCUACGUCGAACAGAUGGACAAAUACUACGGCAAUGUCUGCGAGUUGGACAUCAUUUUCAAUUUCCAGAAAGCAUACUUCAUUCUCGAUGAGUUAUUGAUUGCGGGGGAAAUGCAGGAGACGAGCAAGAAGAAUGUUCUUCGCUGUAUCAGCCAGCAGGACAGUUUGGAAGAUAUGGAGGUUGAGGAUGACGUGGUCACCAAGAUCAUGUAA